GUCAUCCACCGUCUGAUCAAUCCCCACUUGACAUCACACACGUCCAAAAACCCAUUUUGAUUUUAUUAAAGAGAGUUAAAGACUAGGUUUCUUGAAUUGUGAUUCUCCUUUUUCUUUCUUGUUGUCACUGUUAGUGUCUUAAACACAAGCUUUAUUAUCAAUUUCUUGGAUUUGUUGAUUCUUGUUAAGCGAUUAAGGCUAUAUUAUAGCUUACAGUCUUACAGUAUAUAGGUGGGUGGAGAGAGAAAGAGAGUGAGAGUAUAAAAAUAAAGAAAGAGAGAAGGUUUUUGAUUGUUAUAAUAUAGUAGGUGCAAGCAAGCAAGCAAGAAAGAAAGACAGAAAGGAAAGAAUUUUGGUUUUGAAAGAAAAUGGGGAGAGGUAGGGUUGAGUUGAAGAGAAUUGAAAACAAGAUCAACAGGCAAGUUACCUUUGCAAAGAGAAGAAAUGGGCUUUUGAAGAAAGCCUAUGAGCUUUCCGUUCUUUGUGAUGCUGAGGUUGCUCUCAUCAUCUUCUCUAAUAGAGGAAAGCUGUACGAGUUUUGCAGUAGUUCAAGCUGUCUCACAAGGGAAAAGGAAACUCCAAAGAACGACCAAUGCAUGCUCAAAACACUUGAGAGGUACCAGAAAUGCAACUAUGGAGCACCGGAGACAAAUGUGUCGACAAGGGAGGCUUUGCAGCAGGAGCUAAGCAGCCAGCAAGAAUAUUUGAAGCUUAAAGCUCGCUAUGAAGCCCUGCAACGAUCCCAAAGAAAUCUUCUUGGAGAAGACCUUGGCCCUCUAAGUAGCAAGGAGCUCGAGUCACUUGAAAGGCAGCUAGAUAUGUCUUUGAAGCAGAUCAGAUCAACGCGGACCCAAUACAUGCUGGAUCAGCUGACUGAUCUACAACGCAAGGAACACAUGCUGAACGAAGCAAAUAAGACCCUGAAACAAAGGCUGGUUGAAGGAUACCAUGUAAAUACAAUGCAGUUGAAUCUAGGUGCAGAAGAUGUUGGGUUUGGCCGCCAAGCAGCUCAACCUCAGGGCGAUGGUUUCUUUCAUCCAUUGGAGUGUGAACCCACCUUACAAAUUGGAUACCAGCCAGAUCCAAUAACAGUAGUGACUGCUGGCCCAAGUGUGAAUAAUUACAUGCCAGGAUGGUUACCUUGAUAAGAAGAGCAUUAAUUCUCAGCCAUUGGUAUGCAUAUUCCUUUUCAUAAGAAGCAGCAAAUUUUAUGUGUUGUAUGGUAAUUUGACAAAAGCAGUUGUAAUUUGGAUCUAUAUAUUUUUAAUUCUGUACCUUAGGAACAACUGCAAGUAAUUCUGUGUGUGGCCUGUUCCAAGCACUGCAUGCACUACUUAUUUUAGCAGUUGCAGGCUUGUUUGAAAAUAAUUCUCAAUUUCUAUAUUAGACCAUUUUAAGUUGUUUGUGUCUA